UCUUUGUUCAGUGUCAGUAAACCAGCAGCUUAGCCUGUGGCUGAUGACUAAAAUGACCCACGGUGCUCAAACUGCACUUUUUUCAUGAUCCAGGGCAGGUCUGACUUCUCCUUUCUCUUCCUCUCUCUCCUGUUGGCCAGAUUCACCUUUGGCUCCACCUGCUGGUCUGCUGGUUUCCUUCACUUCAGCUGACACACCUGUCUUCUGUCAGCUCUUCCCACCUCUGUACACAGGGACCACCUCCAGCCGACACUCUCUCCCAGAUCCUUCUUGCAUCAGUGGUGAUAAUCAGCUCUCUGACAUCUGCCUCACACUGAGCUCCAGAAGAAGCACUUACCUGUGUCCCUGAGUGGGCCUGUUCCUGUGAACAGAACUGUGUUUACUGUGUUUCCAUCCAUCUGUACAUCCAGCCAUUCAUUCAUUUUCUUCCUCUUCUUCAAGCUAAACUUCCUGCGUCCAUGUCUCUGGUUGCAACUCUGGUCAAAAACAAAAGCUGGAUUCUUUUCUCCAGCAGAAGAUCCAUCAGUGCUACCAAACACAGUUUUAGACUUUGAUACGUUGUUUCAUGAAGUCUUUUUAAUACUUUAAAAUCAGUGCAUUUUAUUUGUAUUUGACUGAGCCUCCAUCUUUGGAAGUGGUGCUGUGUGAGACUCUCAAAGCAAGUUUUUCCCUUUUAGAGGAGAUGCACUAAAACUGUAAUAUCAUUAAAAAACAGGCUGAAGCCAAACAAACAAGGAACAAAAUAAAAACUAUUUGUUCUCUAUUUUUGGAACUGACAUGUGAAAUGUGUCAGGUUGUGUCUUCAUCAUCACUGAUUUGUUUGGAGGAGUCGAGCUUGAACGCUCUUUUGUCCCAAUUAUAAUAAUGACAACAUUAUUCAAAUAAGACUGAAGUGGUCGGGCAGAGAAUCAGCGCUGUAUCCAUGCAAACACAUGCACAGCAAGCAAACCCGCAAACCUCGGCUUUGGAUUCAAAUGAAGACACAAACAUUUCCAAGUGCGUCCAUCUUUGCUGAUGAUGCAGCAGACAGGCUGACCUCCAGUCAGGAGGAGAAGCAUGUUCUUCCACUCACAGAGACUGAAGCCUGAAACCGAACGGCCCGUUUACUGCGUUUAACCUCAGUCCUAGUUUCAUGGUUCGACGCCUGUGACCUCGUUUAGCUCCAGUUCACAGCCCGUUCUGCCAGACGUCAGUCUGUUUGCAUCUGUAAUAACUUUGAAUAAGUCAUCUUCAGUUAAAUGACUCUGAGCAUCUUUAAUCAAAUGCACUGUAAUGAACACUGGGCUGCUUUCUAAAACCACUUUUACAAAGUCUCUGAUAGACGUGGGAGGAGGAGCGAGGAUGACAUUUAUAUCAGAUGAAGAGUUCUGACUGUGUCACAGCUGAACAGACGUCUCAUCGUGUCGGAGCAGCUGCAGAUGAGAUUCAUGAGGACGUCUUCACAGUUUUUCAGCUCUCAGUCAUGAAGAGGUGUGGACUGAUCCUGCUGCUGCUCUCAGGUUACGUGAUGGUCUGCCAUCUUCAGUCUGAUCAGUUAGUCAGACAGCUCCACCUGGUUGACCUGCAGAAGUCCUGGAACGAUGCUCAGCAAUACUGCAGAGAUGAGUACAUCGACCUCGCCAUCGUUAACAGCUCAGCUCUCAUCCAGGAAGCCCAGAAAAGGGCGGGGAGCACAGAGGCGUGGAUUGGACUCUUCAAGAGCGACUGGAAAUGGUCUCAAACUGGUCCAGUUCAGUCAUCCUGGUUUAAUUUCUGGUUCCCGGGACAGCCAGGGACUGAUGAGUGUGUUACAAUGUCUGCAUUUGGAUCAUGGUCCACAAGACCGUGCUCAGCUACUUAUUACUUUGUUUGCUAUGACGCUGCAACUAACAAACACAUCCAGGUGAAGAAGUCAAUGACCUGGUCUGAUGCUCAGUCUUACUGCAGACAGACGUACACAGACCUGAGCACCAUCAAUGACUCGCAGGACAACACCCAGGUCGCUUCUAUGAUGAUGAUGAAACUUGUUUUUGAUGCCUGGAUUGGACUGUACAGAACCUGGAUGUGGUCCAACUCGAGCACAGCCUCCAACCUGCCGUGGGGGCCCGGGCAGCCUGAUAACAGUGUAAACUGUGCCACAAUAGUCGGAUCAACGGGCUCCUUCAACAGUCAUAACUGUGGUGACCAACGCCCCUUCCUCUGCUCCAGAGAUGUCAAACCUUCAGCCUCGAGGUCAGUGAAGGUUCAGCUGAGGGCGGGAUCUGCAGACCUGAACGACCCCACAGUGCAAGAAUCCAUCCUGCAGCAGGUGAGGGAGAAGCUGGUGGAGCAAGGGAUCAGAGAGGAGGUGAAGCUGAGGUGGAGGACGCAGCCUGAUGGGAAGAUUUUCCACAGAGAGGAGGAGACAGCCGGUGACAGUGAGGAGGAAGACUGUGGGUCGGUUUAGUCUGAACGUUAUUGGCUGAUGUUCCUCAGAUGAUCUUCUGUGUAAUUCAACUUAUUUCCGUCUCUGUACUCAGAGUGCUGGACUGUAACAGCGUAGCUUUGCAUGACUGACAGUUGGAAAUAAUCCUUCUUUAUCCUAAGCUCAGAUCACAGAGUGUCUGAUGAGCUGUUUUAUGCCUCUUUGUUUCUUCUGUGUCUCAGAUAUAAAUGUUCAUGAUAUCCUGUCUCUACAUAUGAAAGUUCAAGCGGAGAACAAAGUGAACCUGAGUGUUCAGAGCAGCCUGAUGUCUGAGCUUUUUGACUUCAUACAUCAUAUUUCAAAUGAGCACCCAGCAAUAUAACAGUAGAUAUGCCGUAUAUGUCAGUGAAUGGGGCAUUUAUGCUCUCUAUUAUGAUAUUAAAUAUACAUUUUUCUGUAAAA